CGAGCGUAACGUGCACAGAUAUGAACUACAACACGGAAUACAGUUUCAAAGUAAAGGUUCUUACUGAGGUCGACGGUGUAUUACUUGUUGGAAAAGCUAGUCCGCUGGCAUUUCAUCAGAUAUAUCCGCCGGUUCUACAAAAUCCACCAUCUUGUAUUUCACGCAGUUCACUUGGUAUCAGCGUCAACUGGACCGAGUGGGCAUUCAAUCGUGAUGAUGGCAUUGGAUGUGUAACGGGUUACGUUGUUGAAUGGUGGGAUGCAGUGGCAGCCUGGAAUAUCAGCAACAACACAUUUGAUGGAAAGCCUUCUGAAGGAAGACUUAUCCCAGAUAUUCCAUACUAUACUACUCUGGUUUUGCAAAUCAAAACGCUCUAUAAUAACAGAAGCAGUGAAGUCAUCGGAUUACCAAGUCCAUUACUGGUUGUAUUUAAAAGUGAGUAGGACAUUUAAAAGAUAAACAUCUUUCCAUUGUGUUUAUGACAAAAACAACUCUUUAAUAUGAUAAUUUUAAACGUGCCUAAGCCAUCUUGAUGCUCUUUCCUUUUGUAUUUUAUUGUUAUAAUGUGUAUACUUGUCUUUGUUGUUUGUGGGACUGUAUUGUGAUGCACUUGGUUCCUGAAUAAUAACUGAUUUUGUGCCUACCAUUGUUUUCCUAAAUUUUAUUAAGGCUUGGCUUGCGCUUCAUAACCGCAAGGGAAAGGCGCAAUAUUUAUAUUUAUUUUUAUUUUAUUUUAUUUAAAACAUCUUUAGACAGGAUAAC